AUGCUUCGUAACUUCAACAGAAGUGCAAAGAAACUUAAUGUCAGAUUGUUGGCUACCGCUGCCGACCCUCUGGCCAACCCUAACAGAGUCCAUGGUGGCUUGAAGGACCAGGACCGUAUUUUCCAAAAUGUCUACGGCAACUAUGGUCACGACUUGAAGUCCUCCAUGAAAAUGGGUGACUGGUACAAAACCAAAGAGAUUAUCUUGAAGGGAGACAAGUGGAUUUUAGACGAGAUCAAAAAGUCUGGUCUUAGAGGAAGAGGUGGUGCUGGUUUUCCCUCUGGCCUCAAAUGGUCAUUCAUGAACCCUCCAGGAUGGGAAAAGAACGUUGGCCCCAGAUACUUGGUCGUGAACGCUGAUGAGGGUGAGCCAGGUACCUGUAAGGACCGUGAAAUUAUCAGAAAGGACCCCCACAAGUUGGUUGAGGGUUGUCUUUUGGCUGGUAGAGGCAUGAACGCUACUGCCGCUUACAUCUAUAUUAGAGGUGAGUUCUACAACGAGACUGUCAUCUUGCAGCAGGCUAUCAACGAGGCCUACAAGAACGGCUUGAUUGGUAAGAAUGCUUGUGGCUCCGGUUACGACUUCGACAUCUACAUUCACAGAGGUAUGGGUGCUUACAUCUGUGGUGAGGAGACCGCCUUGAUUGAGUCUAUCGAGGGUAAGGCUGGUAAACCAAGAUUGAAGCCUCCAUUCCCUGCCGGUAUUGGUUUGUUCGGCAGACCAUCCACCGUCACCAACGUCGAGACUGUCGCAGUUGCCCCUUCCAUUUUGAGAAGAGGUGGCGACUGGUUUGCUUCUUUCGGUCGUGAGAGAAACUCCGGCACUAAGUUAUUCUGUAUCUCUGGUCAUGUGAAUGAGCCAUGUACCGUCGAGGAGGAGAUGUCCAUUCCAUUGAAGGAGUUGUUGGAGAAGCACUGCGGUGGUGUCAAGGGUGGCUGGGAGAAUUUGUUGGGUGUUGUCCCUGGUGGAUCUUCCGUUCCAAUUAUGCCCAAGGAGACUUGUGACAACAUCUUGAUGGACUACGAUGCCUUGAGAGAUGUCGGUUCCGGUUUGGGUACCGCUGCUGUCAUUGUCAUGAACAAGCAGACCGACAUUAUCAGAGCUAUUCAGAGAUUCGCAGCAUUCUACAAGCACGAGUCUUGUGGCCAGUGUACCCCAUGUAGAGAGGGUACUACGUGGUUGCAGAAGAUGAUGGACAGAUUUGUUUCUGGCCAAGCCACCGUUAAGGAGAUUGAUGAAAUCUUUGAGCUCACCAAGGAGAUCGAGGGCCACACCAUUUGUGCCUUGGGUGAUGCUGCUGCAUGGCCUGUCCAGGGUUUGAUCAAGAGUUUCAGACCCGUCAUGGAGGAGAGAAUUGCCGACUACCAAAAGCAGCGCAAUGUUGAACUUGGUGGCUGGGUACCAUCUGGUAAGAUUCUUGAUGGUAAGGUUGUCGACAACCCUAUUCCUGCCCACCACUAA